AUACUAAUAAUCAUGGGUAUGUUAUGGAUUUGCCUAAUCCAACAUUGUAUAUGGUGAGUAUGGGGUCCAUCUAGAUGUAGAAAGGGGUCCCAUAGUGGGUGCUUACCAGCAUGCACACUGGCCUCAACGUCUAUCCAGUGGUCUCCACUGCUAAUGACUGACCUUUACUUGCUUAGCGGCUUCUCGCUCCCUAACAAAAGGUUCCCAUCAGGGGGGUAUAAAUCCGUCAUUUCCCUUUCGGCUCACCUUCUCUACCCAUUCUUAAGUAUUCCCAGGCUCCGAAACUCCUUCCGUCUUCCUCCUCGCUCUCCCCCUUCCAAGAAUAAACUUAUUCCAACGCCAUGAAUCGGGAUCCCGACCUUAUCCCCUCCUCCCCGUCUAACUCCUCCCUCUCUUCGUCCGAUCUGGACACCGAGUCGACCGGUUCGUUCUUUCACGACCGGAGCACGACGCUCGGGACGCUGAUGGGCGUGUCCUUCCGGGAGAUCGCGGUCCGGCCGGCGAGGGUGCCGUCACGUAGGGAUCACGGCCACGUCGACGGAGUGGACGUCGGCGGCGGAGGAGAGGGGGGAGGGAGGAGGCCGAAGCAGAGGGGGGCGCCGGAGAAGCGGCGGCGGCGGCACCGCGGGGGGCGAAGUUGGUGGCGGCUGUGCCGGGACGACAUGGUGCGGCCCACCUCGCUGGGGGAGUUCCUCCAGGUGGAGCGGCAGCUGGGCGGGGCCGCCGGCGGCGAGGUGGCGGACGGCCACUUUCUCUACGGCGGCGGCGAGGGGGUGGCGGAGCACGAGGCGGUGGGCGGCGGGCCGCUGUUUGAGGACGGGAGGGUGCUGCCGCCGGCGGAUGGGCGGCGGCGGCAGCAGCAGCAGCAGAGGGCCACCGAGGGGGCGGUGUCGCUGGGGAGGUUGCCGGUGCUGCUCACCGGGAUCUGCAGCAGCGGUGAUGGGUAGAUUUGAAAUUAUAAAUCCUCUCUUUCUCUCUUCGAGUAUAUAUAAAGUUUACUCCUGGAUUUUUCUCUACGUUUUUUUCGUUAUUCGUUUCUAGUUUUUUCUUUCGUUUUUCUAUCUUAUUUUUAUAAAGAAGAGGCACUCAAAUGGAAGGGAAGGGAGCCUGCCGUUGUGUCGGUAGGUUCUAUUCUAGAUGGUUUUGUAUUUUUUUUCCCCAGUCUCGUGACGACGUGAUCUCCUUGUUGCUUUUUCUUAAUUUAUGUUCUGGUGACUACUUUUUCUCAAACUUCUUAGGGUGGGUGUUUGUGAGGAACAGCAGAGAGGGCUGGUUGUUGGGCCCUUGGAAUCGUUUUCUUGGUACAACAUUAUGAAAUGAAUCGUUCCUAAUGGAAAGACAGGGAACAUGUCCCUUUUUUU